AUUUCCCAAAAAUGUUGAAAAUGUGGACAUCAGAAGUUUCACUGUGAAAAUAUUUUUUUCCCCCACAUUUUCAAACUUUAAAACGGGUCAAUUUGCCCCGCAGGACGACACGAGGGUUAAUGCAUUUGAAAGGAGUUGUGUGCUGCUGCUUCUUUUUGCUCAGGUCAAGGUUGGAGCAUUACAUCCUAAUGUCUCCAUCAGUGGGAGUCUGGCUGCUCUUCUGGAGAACUGGAAAGUCAUUGCUCCAGAAUGAUGCUUGUAGCGGCAGCAGCACAGCUGGUUCGCAUCGAUGAGAGCUUGAGGCUGUGGAGGCUGUUCAGGGAGUUAUUCAGCAGAGCAGGGGAGUGUUCUAAUUGCUGAAGAAUUAGCAGAUAAGGACCAGUCUCUUGAGCAGGAAAAACAAAUAUAAGAUGUAAGCUAUUUGGGGAGAAAAAACCUGACAUGAAUCAGGAAACACUGGCUUAUUUUUGUCCAAACUUCUCUUUAAUGGGGUCAAGUUUAUUCCAGUGAAAACUACAACACUUCCCAAGUGCCUCGUGGAGGGCUGCCCUCAGAUUUGAAAUGCUAUAACAUCAACAUCAACAGCUCAACAUUUAAGCCCUUGAUUGUCUGCUGAGGUGGAGUCAGAGGCACCCACGUUUUAAAUAUUCAUCUGUCUUUGGGAUUUCUCUGGGUGGCUCUUUCACUCUGAACACACCAGAGUCUCUGCUGGAAGGAAAUGACUGGUUUUCAGCGACUGAGACACCCAGAGGGGAUGUGAGCACAGUGCAGCUGUGGAGUAUAAAAGCAGACAGUCCCACUCAGAGUAACAGAGAACAUGCUUGUGCAACGUGACAGGGAGGCUGCUGGUGUUGAGCUGCUACUUAGUCUGAGGUGCAGAAUGUGGAAAGACCUCAGGUGAGGGCGUCUUCUAACUCUGGACAAAAACGAGACAGCGUUGAGAACAAGCUGGAUUAAUUCAUUUUUAAAAAGCGUCAGCUAUGACUAAUUUUCAAAAUCCCAGUGUUUCUGUGCAUCUCCAUGGAUUCGUCAUUUCAGAGGUUUCUCUCAGCUAGUGGAACCACAUCAGGCCCAGAGCCUGGCGGUGAUGCUGGCCAUGCAGCACUCCAACUCCUCGGGCAUCACUGCCUCCUUCCCCCUCUCUAACUACACCGUCGUGGUGCAGGAGCCUGAGGUGGAGGCCGUAGUGGCUCACAAUGCCACCCGUCCACCUGGAAAGCCCACGGCGGCGGGCCUCACCAUGACUCUGGGCAUCCUGUUCAACGUGGUGGCCCUCAUCAUCCUCGCCAAGGCUUACAACCGCUUCCGGCGACGGUCGAAGGCCACCUUUCUGCUCUUCGCCAGCUCCCUGGUGGCCACGGAUCUGGCUGGACAUGUGAUUCCCGGGGCGCUGGUCCUGAGCAGAUACUCAGCGAGCAGCACGUCCACAGGCGAUCCCAGCUCCAGCUUCCGGGGCUACAUCGCGGAUCCCGACGCCUCUUGUCUGUUUCUGGGAGGCUGCAUGGUGUUCUUCGGCCUGUGCCCGCUCUUUCUGGGCUGUGCCAUGGCCGCUGAGCGCUGCAUGGGCGUCACCAGGCCUCUGCUGCACGCCCGUCUGGUCACCACGGCACGGACCAAGAUGGCGCUCACCCUGAUCUGGCUCCUGGCGUUAUGCGUGGCCGUCCUGCCCUUCUUCAACCUGGGGGCCUACACUUACCAGUACCCGGGGACGUGGUGCUUCAUCAGGGUGAUGGAGGGCACCAAGGCCACAGACCUGGCCUUCGUCAUGCUCUUCUCCGGACUGGCUUUGAGCUCUCUGGGCCUGGCCUUCGUGUGCAACACCAUCAGCGGGAUCACACUGGUGAGGGCCCGGCUAAAGAAGAGGUCGUGCUCCCAGCGCUGCUCGGCCAGGUCCCACGACACGGAGAUGGUGGUCCAGCUGGUCGGCAUCAUGGUCACCUCCUGCAUCUGCUGGAGCCCUCUGCUGAUCUUUGGACUGACCUCAGCCACACGUUCCUACACCAACUCUCUCCACAGCGACAGAGACACUUACAGAGGCCUCAUGGUGACGGGGGUCAGAAUGGCAACCUGUAACCAGAUCCUGGACCCGUGGGUCUACAUCCUGCUACGACGCGCCAUCCUCAGAAAAAUCUACCGCAUCACUAAAAAGCAGGCCAGCUUCAAAGGGAGCACGUUCCGCUCCAUCCGCUGGGAUGCCAGCCCCUUUCAGAACUCAGAGAAAAACUGUGUUAAUAAGAUCUGAAGAAGAAGGGAAGAGAGGAUGUGUGGAAUGGAUGAUCUUUCACCUGCCAGUGCUGAAUGCAGCUUUUAAUCAUCUGGAUAUGAAUUCAGUAUUAAAAAGCCUUUUUUCCUGACUGAUGGGAAUAAGAGACAUCUGGUUUAUGUAAAUGAAGUAUUAUGAGAGUGGAUCCCGGUGUUCCAGAUCUGAAAUAUCCCUGACAAGCUGAGGAUAACCUCUGAGGUGGUUCUAAAGUACGCAUGAACCAAUGUGACUAGUAAAAGGUGGACUCAUUAUAAACUGCUAUGUGAGAGUGCAAUGACAGUCUGUUCUCUGUGAGAGCAGAUAUAAAUAAAACGAUUUUGUCAGUCGGACCGUGAUGUGAUCUUCAGAAAGUGGAGACUUCAUCUUGUCUUAAAGCAAACAUCUCAGCUCAAAAGCUUCGUCUCCAAAUGUUCUGUUCUCUGACACAAUGUAAAGUCAGUGACUUGUGUAAAUGCUCACAGGAGCACAAAAAGAUAAAGGCUGUGCUUUUACCUCAGCGUGAAGAUGUGAAAAACCUUGUUUGUGUGUCCAGUGUUAAGACAUGAAUGUGAGUCCUUAUUGUGUGUUUGUGAAUGUAUCUACGGUGUUUCUGUCCUCCCCGAGUGUCUGGGGGUCGAAGUGAAGCUAUGUGUUGCAAAAGCUAACUCAAUGUGAUGUAGUUGAGAAAAGGGAAUGUAGGACGAUAGAAUAAAUGGCUCUCUAUAAA